AUGCGAGAUGAGGAGCGAUUAAUUGAAGACGAUUCGGACGCUCGUUUUCUUUCGACACAAAUUGCGGCAAAGAUAACCGGUCCAGAUGGGGAUACGAUAAAAGAAGAAGAGGAGGAUGUGGUCGUGCAAGUCGUCUCCGAUCUAUCGGUUAUUGAUGUCGAGAAAUUCGAUGAGGACGAGAUUGAAAAAAUGAGAAAUAACAAUAAUCAGAUGAGUGCCCGUUCUCAAAUUGACGUCUACGAAGAAAUUGCACUCGACGCGGAUGGGAAUGAGCUGCAGCGAAUCAAGUACAUCACCCAUGUUGUUCCUGCGGCUUUCGGAAGAAAAGCUAAGACGCCCAGAGAAGCUCAAAAGAAACUUAGUCAAGAAGGGGAGAUCCAAAUCGCAAUGAAACAAAUCGAAUCGAUUCGCAAAGCAAUUGCACAGAACGGAAUCGGAGAGAAAAUAGGCACUACUCGGUUGGGAGCACAAAAGAAACGCUCGUUUGGCCGUCUUUCAGAUGUCUCAUUCUUGGGUGAACAGCAAUCAGCCGAUCCAUUGGUGGAGAAAGCUCGUCAAUCUCUUCUAAUCCGUUUUACCGCCCGUCAAUUGAGGGAAUUUAUCUGCAUCAAACAAGGAGUACCCCGUCCGUACAUGCCGAAUACUUCGACUCCAGUUCGUCGUGCGCAACGCGAACGCCGUGAAAUGCGCGCAGCUCCUCGCCUCGUCAAGUCCCAACCUGGUUUUAAACUCAAUUUCCCGUUUGUGACGAUUCAAGUGGGCGAUUUUCAAAGCUAUCUUCCAUUGGACUAUCAAACACAUCCACAACAAAAAGGACGGCCCAACUCUUUGACACUUAAUGGAGAAUCGAAACGAAUGGUCUACGAGUUUACUCUGUUCGACAAGAAUCGCAAUAGGUGCUAUGCUGUGUGGUCGACUGCUCUCUCAAAUAUUGCCGCAAUUCACGUUUCUGAUCAUCUUAUUUACUUACGGCUCAACGUUGCACCAUUGCAAGUUGUGUCGUUCAUUGGGGAGAAAUCGAAUCCAAAAAGUGACAUCACAAAUGGACAACGAGAGCGUUCACCACUUCAUUAUUUCAGACUCAGGGAACCAGGCCAAACUUUUUUCGAGGGUUUAAUGCGAUGCGAUCCGAGUCAUUUUGCUGCUAUUUUGAUGGGAUAUGAUGAAUUCUUUGCGCGUGCUGCUGAAGCAAUGGGUGUUUCGCCGCCUUCCUCGGACCAAAUGAUGCAAGAAACAUGGGAAGUUCGUAACAAAAGUCCAAUGCCUCCACUGAAAAAGGUGAAGCGAAGUCUGUCGGAUAUUUGCAUUGACGAGGUCCCUCAGUCGGGCAAGAUGUUUGCUCCAACAGAGUCACCGAGCUUUGCUGAAUUGCUUCGUUUUUCAGCUUUCAAUCGCUCUCUGGAGAAUGCUCGGCCUAAAGACGUUGACAUGGAUAUUUCAUCAAUGACUCACAAAGCUGACACUUUUGAUAGCUGUGUUGCUGCGAUUCGGCGGGAUAAAAAAUUUGCAACAACAGAGACAAUCGAGAUCGUUGGUGAAGAUCACGUUGUGAUUGAGACCGAAAUUAACGAUAUCGCGGAUGCUUCUGCUGGCGACGCA